GGCGCUAAAUUCGUUCAUCCGUUUUAGCUUAUCAGCUGUUCACGGUGAAUUGUACUGAUUCCAUAUUCAUAUAUUCAUUCAAAGAAAGUACCUAGUCAUAUUUUUCAACAAUGCAGACCGAAAAAAAGGCCGAGAUACCUGCUACUAUGAAGUUUGUAUUGGGUGGGACUUCUGGAAUGUGUGCCUCUGUUUGCGUUCAACCUUUGGACCUCGUGAAAAACAGGAUGCAAAUGAGCGGUAUCGGAAGUGCUACUUCUGGUCAACGUAACAGUCUUCAAGUACUUCUGUCAGUCAUUAAAAAUGAGGGAUUUUUUGCGAUAUACUCAGGUUUAUCAGCUGGAUUACUUCGCCAAGCCACCUACUCAACUGCUCGUUUAGGCAUUUACACAAAUUUAUUUGAACAAUAUACAAAGCGUAAAAAAGAAUCUCCCAAUUUCUUCACUAAAAUAAGUAUAGCCGUUACUGCUGGGAUAUGCGGUGCAUUCAUUGGUACACCAGCCGAAAUUUGUCUUAUCCGUAUGACAUCUGAUGGCAGAUUACCACCAGCAGAACGUCUAAAUUAUUCCAAUGUGUUCAAUGCUCUAAUAAGAAUCGCUCGCGAAGAAGGAGUGUUGACAUUGUGGCGGGGUGCAGUCCCAACUAUGGGUCGAGCAGCUGUAGUUAAUGGUGCACAAUUAGCUACUUAUUCUCAAGCCAAACAAAAACUUCUUGAAGUCGGUCAUUUCACUGAUGGAUUGAAUGUACACAUAAUGGCUAGCUUAUUAAGUGGUUUUACUACAUCUGUUUUCUCUUUACCGAUUGAUAUUGCUAAGACUAGAAUUCAAAAUAUGAAAACUAUUGAUGGAAAACCAGAGUAUAAAAAUAUGGGGGUAAGAAUCUUUUAUUUUUCGCAUACCUAUUAAAGAAUAACUUCUUGAUUGUGUUUCAACAAAUAUUUUUACCAUUCCUCUAGUGAUCGAAUAGUGUUAUUUUAGCUGAAAGUUAUGUUCACUAAAGAUUAGUUGAUUAACUAUAAGUAAAUAAUUAUAAUAGACAGUAUCAGUUUAAAUAUGAUUGAUAAUCUGUUAUAUAACUUCAUUAAAGUAUUGUUUGAAGUAAACGUUUACAGUUCAUUUUUAGAAUAGAUUCUUGUCGAUAGUUGUCAUACAAUGUACAGUGAAUGAGCUUUGUGAAUGUUUGUAACAUCUGGGAAGUGAUUAUAUGUUAUUUGUAGUUUCUGCUUAAAAAUUUAUGACAGUUGAAUUUCUGUUGAGUGAACGGUGAAUACUUUGGUUGGUUAUUAGACCUGUUCCAGAAUUAGGUUGAUGUAAUAAACCCGAGAUAAGUUCAGGAUAAAAACAGGGAAUGUAAGUAAAGUAGGUAAGUGCUUAUGCAGUCGAACUUUUAUUGUUAUCUCAAAAAGCUUACUUACUUACGCCCUGUUACCUCUAGUGGGGGAUAGGCCGACCAGGAUUCUCCAAUCAACUCUCUUGAUCUCUACUUUCAAGUUGUUUCCAAGUACUAUUCAUUCCUUUUGAUGUCUACCUCUAAUUCUCAGUUCCUGUAGGUCUUCUAAGGGUACUGCCGGUCCCAAGCUCGGAUAGAGGUAGAGCGUUGAGCAGGGAGGGAAACUUUGAUAAAAAACGUCAAUCAGAAAAAAAUUCAAUAAGCUAAUAACAGUGAUAAGCAUCUACAGUUAUUUUGCAACAAUCAUACAAGGUACUCUCCGAGUUUAUAACAAGCACUGAAAAUUAGUCAAUGGACAUGUCAUACAGAUGUUGUUGACCAUUGAUAAGUUUUGGAUUGGUGUUGUUUGUUCACCUUAAAUUGUUUGCUUCAAUUCGUAUUAUUCUUAACUUCAAGCUCAUCCCUUCAGAAAUAACUGGAAAUCCUCAUUGUAUUCAAAUAAAAUUAAUGUAAAGGAACCAAUCUACUCAAAGUUAUCCUAGUGCUGACCCAAACCUCACUUUGAAUUUGUAUGAAGAAGUAAAAAAACACACGAGGUAUCAAUAGUACGUCAUUAAUGAUAAACCACAGGAAGUUAAGUUUACCCAAGCUGAUGCACAACGACUCAUCCUGCUAACUACAAAGUCGAUAAUGAAUGUAAACAGUAUAUAUGAAUGACGAAGUCAAGAUGUUGGUUUAUGAUCAAUCACUAAGUAUUUAAUGUAAUUAAUAUCUGAUAAAGUAUAUGUUUUGUGAGAUAACGAUUAAAAAUUCGUUAUCAAGACAUUUGAAUCAAAUAAGUAAAAUGAUCGUUAAAUAACUAGUGAAAAUAUUCAGCUAGCAGCAUUUCGAUUUCCACUUGACCUGAAACAGAAAUAAUUUAUUGACGAUGAUUGUUAAUUACAUUUAAAUUGAUGAAUGUUAUUAGCUCCAUGAACUGCAACGAUGAUAAUAUAUGAUUACCCAGUUAGUUUCGCACAUUACACUUGGCCUAACGCUGUUGUGCAAUAGUGGGUUAACAAAAAUCAAAUACAAAAUGUGCUUGGAAAAUUUAUUUGAGACAUUCAUACACAAGUAGACAGAUGUGGUAAAAAUGAAUUUUGAGAUGAAAAAGAUUUGUUGCUCAGAUGGAUGAUUUUGGUAAAAAUAAGCAUAAAACUUAGGGGUUGGCUUUACACUAACUCCAUAACCAAGCUGAUGUACGAAAAUAUUAAUACAGACAAACGGCAAUUUUAAAAAAAAACAUGCAUACACAUGAACGUACGUAAAUGAAAGGUAUACUAUAUGACUAUGAAUGUUACAGUUAAAGAUAUAAAGGUCAGAUAAGGUCACAAAAUAGUUUUUUGUAUCAGCCUGUCAUAUUAAUUACAGUUUGUAUGAGUCAUUACAAUCUGAUGUAAAGAAUGUUGCAAGAAAUCUAAAAAAGACGAACACACUGUUUGGAAUUACUUUUGGUUCAAUAACAUCUAAAACUUCAUACACAUAGUUCCUUUUAUCUUUAAAACAGUUAGUCGCUUUGAUAGUUUUGAAUAAUCCAAUCGCAAGAUACAGAUUAUAAGAACUAUAUUAGCACUAUACACAAUCUGAUCAUACAAGUACUUGUUAAGAUAAAAUAAGAAUCCAACAAAUUUAGUAAACGCAUUUGAAUACCCAUACAACACUACAAGAGGUGAUUUAAUAUCAACCAGAUAAACCAUCUCAACUAAAUGUUUCUCAAUGAAGGAAAAUGUUCAUCUAUGCUGUGAUUUUAUUCGAUCAUUGGGAUUCAUUUGUUUUUGUAGCCAAUUAGGUUUGUGUCCAGCCACUUUCAGGUCCCAGUUGUCCCUCCCUAUAUUUGUAUGUCUGCACAAACAUAUAAAUUUAUAGACGCAAUAGAAUGUUGCACUCGUUUAUGUUCUUUUAGGGACGGGACUUGGUGAAAUAUAAACUUUUUUCCUUCGAAACGAUGAGUUGGGCCGCGUAAAGAGAAUUACUGAUCGCUAAUUUAAGUCUUCGUUUCAACGUGAGGAUAUUUUGGUAAUGAUAGGGUGAUAUAGACAAGUUUUUUAUGUAUUGAAAGCAUAGCGUUUCUCAUCAUAUUCUUUCCUUUCUAUGGGCUUAUGAGCUUUAGUGAAUACACAUUCUUUAAUAGUGUUGUUUGUACAAAUAUGAUUAGUCCUAAUAAAUAAACUCUUUAUUAGCUCAUGUUCGUACUGGACUAGACGAUGACUAUGUAAACUAAGAUAUUGCUCUGUCUAUAUAUACUUUCUAUAUAUGGAAUUUUUGAUGCAACCAUCCCUUUCCUACUAAUUAGUAUGUUUAAAAACGAAGGCUGGUUAUUCACAUCCUCUUCUCAUAGAGAAGUGUGUUAAAUUUCCUCAACAGGUGGUUUUCAUCUUCAUAUUCGUCUCCUAAGAUUAUAAUACUAUCCACGUACCACCUGUAAAGACAUAUUUUAGAUUGAGUUUUCAAGUAAAUUAUUGGAGAGUUCCAUAUACUAAGGUUUACUGAGGCCUUGGAGAUACGAAAGUUCAAACCCUCUUUUCAUGUUUAAUACCAAUUUUUAUCACCCUAAACGUUGUCAAAGUAGACCAUGGCAAUAUUGAUUUAUUGACCAGCUUCGUGUAUUUCACCGUGUUUUCUUUAUCAUCUUUCCUUUUCUCUUGCCUUCUAAUUUGUCUAGUUGAUCUUUGAUUUUCUAUAUAUUAAUAAUAUUAUUGAGUGAUUUAAGCAACAUCUAUGAAAUAUCGGUGUUUAUGCCCCGAUAAUUGGUUUUUGUCAUUCCUUUUGAUUUCCUAAAACCUACUUUUAUCAGUUGAUUUCAAACGAGGAUCUUGCAGAUACUCUCGAAGAAAUUACUCAUUAUCGGCUCGGUUGUGGUGUUCCUCCAGCCUUAUGUUAAGUAUUACUUUCUUAACCUCGCAAUGAAUGAGAAGAUGAAUGAUUAAGUAUAAUUCCCCUGAAUGUAUUCAGAUAAAGUAUCUCUUUACUAUUUCGUGAAUAGUUCAAACCGCACUUCACUUUCGAUUAAUAUAAGAAGCUAAAAUGACGUAUCAAUGUUUGAAAAGUUGAUUUAACCAAUGACUUAGUAUGCAAAACUGUAAACGUUUCCUGAUAUUUUAUGAAUGUGUAUUAUUCUUUACGAUUCAUUUUUGUGUUCUAUGUAUGUUAUACAAACAUCUUUAAGCAAAUGUCAUUAACAGAUAUUUAUUUCCUACUUAUCUUGAAAUUAAUCCACCAUAGUACACUACUUCCCAUUUCUACUGGGGGAUUGUUGAGUUAUUAACGGAAAGUAUGAAACAAACUAAGUUAUAGUGUUAGUCUAUGAAGUCAUUAACUAUUGAUACAAACUAUAUUGGUACCUGCAGACUACUAUCUAGUUAGAGUUCAUGCAAUUAUUGUAAUCAUAUUGUCUAUACCAUAUAUUUUCUACCACUACUACUGAUAAUGUUACUAAUUCUAUGCACAUAUUUAUCAGGUUCUACUUUGCUUAUGACUAACUGACAAUAUGACUUUUAUGAAAAAUGAUUAAAACAAGUUUUGUAUUUUUAACAUAGUUCUUCAUUUUUUUAUUUAUAUAACAUUAUUUUCUUCUAUUCUAGGAUGUUAUUUUACGAGUAGUACGAAAUGAAGGUAUUCUAUCACUAUGGAAAGGUUUUACACCAUAUUUUCUGCGUAUUGGACCUCACACAGUAUUGACAUUUAUCUUUUUAGAACAAUUAAAUCGUCUAUAUAUAAAACAUAUAUUAGGUGAUACAAGUGGUCAACGUUCCGGUGGACUUUAAAACUAGUCAGUUCUUCACUAUUCUUAUUAUAUUUUCUUUUUUGUUAUCAACAAGUCAAGUAAAUCUUUUAUUAUGUUCUCUAGUGUCAAUUGAAGCGAUAACAUUCCUUAUUUGUGUAUAAUUUAUAUGCGCCAAUGUUACUGUCUAUACAUAGGGAAGUAUAUAUAUAUGCGUGUGUGUAUUGCAUAGUUACUUUUAAGUUUUUGUUUUUAAAAAAAAUUUCUACUAGGCUCUUAUUGUUUUUCUAUUAUUUAUGUGUAACUAUACAAUUUCUUCAUUCGUUUUCACUUCAAAAUGUAGUUGCAAUAAUUAUCUUAGAUGAUAUUCACAUGUUAUAAUUGUUCAACUUAUCUGUCGAAAGUUUUUGUUUGGAAGUUUGUUUCGUUUUAAUUUCCACAUUCAAUAUUUAGUUCUUAUUCUAUGUCUGUAUAAGUGGAUAUAAUAAAAUUAACUGUGGAAUUGUAAAAAAAACAUUUUUUUUAACGAUUAUUUAUUAUAAUAGUUAAAUUCAUGAGUCGAUGUAAG